UAAAGGAACAAGGAGACAAGAAUGUCACCCUGAGCAAUAAUCAGGCAAAGAUGCUGGUGAACUGGGAUGUGGUGCAGGACUCAGGUGGCUCAGGCCCUUCUGUGGUGGGCCUUGUCUCCUCUCCAGGGAUGGGAAAGUUGCUGGUUGGGGCCCCCUUGGUCCUGGAAACUGAGGAGCAGUCAGUUCUGAAUGAGACACACAAGGGGCUGCUGCAGGAAGUCUCCCCCGUCCUGCUCUCAGAUGUCAUAACAGCCUUUGUGAGCAAUACGGACACUCAGAACCUCAGCUCCCCAGUCACCUUUGUCUUCAAGCAUUCAGUGACCCCGGGGCCAAGACAGAAGGUGUUUUGUGUUUUCUGGGAGCCUGGCCAGAAGGGGUGUGGUCAUUGGUCCUCCAAAGGCUGCUGGAUGGUGGGCACCAGAGACACCAGCACCACCUGCCAAUGCAGCCACCUCAGCAGUUUUGCCGUCCUCAUGGCCCACUAUGAUGUGCAGGUGAGAGACUUGAGAAGGGACUUUGUUCAAUGUCUAUUGCUAUGUAAUAAACUCCCAUGCAUGUUUCACCUAAAAAAAAUAAUUUAUUAUUCUGCAAUUUAUGUAGAAUAG